AUGUUCCAGUGUGGUGCCAGUGUACCAGUGUGGUGCCAGUGUUCCAGUGUGGUGCCAGUUUUCCAGUGUUGUGCCAGCGUUCCAGUGUGGUGCCAGUGUUCCAGUGUGGUGCCAGUGGUCCAGUGUGGUGCCAGCGUUCCAGUGUGGUGCCAGUGUUCCAGUGUGGUGCCAGUGUUCCAGUGGUGUGCCAGUGUUCCAGUGUGGUGCAGUGGUCCAGUGUGUGCGUUCCAGGUGGUGCCUGUUCCAGUGUGUGCCAGUGUUCCAGUGUGGUGCCAGUGUCCAGUGUGGGUGCCAGCGUUCCAGGGUGGUGCCAGUGUUCCAGUGUGGUGCCAGUGGUCCAGUGUGGUGCCAGUGUUCCAGUGUGGUGCCAGUGUUCCAGUGUGGUGCCAGUUCCAGUGUGGUGCCAGUGUCCAGUGUGGUGCCAUGUGUUCCAGUGUGGUUGCCAGUGUUCCAGUGUGGUGCCAGCGUCCAGUGUGGUGCCAGUGUUCCAGUGUGGUGCCAGUGUUCCAGUGUGGAGGCCAGUGUUCAGUGUGUGCCAGCGUUCCAGUGUGGUGCCAGCGUUCCAGUGUGGUGCCAGUGUCCAGUGUGUGCCAGUGGUCCAGUGACUGUAGCUACGCUGCUAAAAUCUCAGUUAGGUCCCUGACCACUCUGUGA